AUGGUGAGUGUCUCGCCGCUUCACGCGGAGGUUUCGUCGGAGGAGUAUGCGCGGCUUGCGCCUCAAGUCUGUGCGAUGAUCGAGGAGUGGAUGCGAGAGGGAGAAAGAGAAGAUGCAUUCGUCACGCCCUAUACGACGCCGGCCGAGUACCGCUCCCACCUGGCGCUCCCCCUGCCCGACGAAGGUGUCGACGACGCGCAGUUGAUGGAGGUGAUGCGCAGCCUGCUCAAGAACAGCGUCAAUCCAUGGACCGACCGUUUCCAGGCGAAGCUGUACUCUGCGCCGACGGUGAGCAGCAUGUGCGGCGACAUGCUCCUCUCGGCGAUGAACGCCUCCGUCCACGUCUUUUCCGGCUCGCCCGUGCUGAGCAUGGUCGAGGAGGAGUGUGUGCGUGCACUGUGCUCCAUAUUUGGUUUUGGCACGGACGCGGACGGCAUAACGAUGCCCGGCGGCAGUGCGUCGAACACGCUUGCCGUUCAGACCUCGCUGUGCUGUGCGUUUAACGGCGCGUUCCGCCGCGACGGUAUCUGGGGCCUGGUCCAAGAGCUCUCGCGUAUCGGGCGCACGGGCCGCGGCGCGCGCCCGGUGCUGCUCACCGGCGUCGACAGCCACUUUAGUCUGGACCGUGCGGCGCUCGCAGCCGGCCUCGGCACCGACGCGGUGGUGCACGUUCCGAGCGACGAGCACGGCCGCAUGCGCCCCGACGCACUCGCAUCCCUGCUCGCAGAAAUGACGAGCGACCCAGCUCACCCCUUUGGUAUGCCCUUUUUCGUGAACGCCACAAGCGGCUCGACGGUGCUGGGCGCAUUUGACGACCUGGAGGCGAUUGCCGCGCUCUGCCAGCAGUACAACUGCUGGCUGCACGUCGAUGCGUCGUGGGGCGGCCCCGGGAUCUUUUCGCCGUACCUGCGCUCGACCGUGCUCCGGGGGACGCACCUGGCCAACAGCUUGACCAUUAAUCCCCACAAGCUCCUCAAUGUCACGCACCAGUGCUCCUUUUUGCUGGUGCGCGAGUCGCGUGUACUGGAAGAGCACGCGAUCCACGCUGGCUACCUAUUCCAUGACACCCAUACCCCCCAGAAGACGCGCAUCACGGACAUGGCCGCCAAGACGCUCGGCUGCGGCCGGCGGGGCGAGGCGCUGAAGCUGUACCUGACCUGGCGCAAGUACGGCACGCGCGCGCUCGGCGAACACAUCGACCAAGGCCUGCGCCUCGCACAAGACGUCCUCGCACGCAUCCGGACGUCCCCCGCGCUGGAAGUCGGCCCACUGGCCGAGCCGCUCUUUUUGCAAAUCUGUUUCCGUCCGCGGACUACGAUCAGCCCCGCAAGCGCCGCCAACGGCGUCCACACGCCGUACGCGUCCGGCUCGGCGGCGACGCGCGCCGUGCAUGCCGCGCUCCUGCAGCAGCGGCACAUUGCGGUCGACUUUGCGCCGACGCGCAGUGGCGACUACCUGCGGCUGGUCAUCCAUCCUCGCACCCCCCCGGAGCACUACUUUGCGCUCGUGGAGGAAGUCGCGCGGCUUGCUUCGAUAGAGUGA